AUGGGCCAGCUUCGAGCCACAAAGCCUGGGCUGCUCGUGUGCGUGGCUGUCUGCAUCUCCAUCUUCCUGUAUUUAAGGAGCUCUGCUCCGGAGGCUGCUGAGGCAGAGCUCACCCACCGGGCCGCCGUGGAAUGCGGCUUUUAUCCCGAUGAACUGUGCUCAGCUUUAUUUGAAGGGAAGAAAGCAGCCCCCCAGAUUGCCAGAUUCUGCAAAAACCCACCCACAUCCCACAUCCUUGGGUAUGUACACAAAGCGGGAAACUGCUCCCAGAUUUCCCGGGGGCUGCGCUUCAUCACCACACCUCUCUCCGCAGAGGAGGGGAACUUCUCGCUGGCCUACAUCAUCACCUUUCACGAGGAGCCGGCCAUGUUUGUGCAGCUCCUCAGGGCUAUCUACGCACCACAAAAUGUUUACUGUAUUCAUGUGCAUGAAAAGGCCCCAAGGAAGUACACGAGGAUGGUGCAGACCCUAGCCAACUGCUUCGAAAACAUCUUUAUUCCAUCACAGACACAAAAGGCGGUUUACAGCAACCUUGCGAGACUGCAGGCGGAUAUUAGCUGUAUGAAAGAUCUGGUCCAAUCCAAACUGCGAUGGAGAUAUGUCAUCAAUCUUUGUGACCAGGAUUUCCCCAUCAAAACCAACAGAGAAAUCAUCCACUACCUCAAAAGCAAGUGGAAAGAUAAAAACAUCACUCCCAGAGUGGCCCAAACAGCGCGCCCCCCACCCCCGCCGGGCCUAGGGCUUCCAGAGUCCCGCACGGAAGGGAGUAUCCAUUUAUCUCCAAAUGAAGAAUUGGAGCGCAAGCCACCACACAACGUAACCAUUUACUUUGGAAGUGCCUACUACUUGCUUACAAGGAAGUUUGUGGAGUUCAUACUGACCGACAGCCGUGCAAAAGACAUGCUGCAGUGGGCCAGAGACAGCCACAGCCCAGAGCAGCAUUACUGGGUGACCCUGAGCCGACUCAAAGGCCACUAUGUCCAAGACACCUGUGUCUACGGGCCAGGAGACCUGCCCUGGAUCAUCCAAUCGCCUUCUCUGUUUGCCAACAAAUUCGAGCCGGCCUCUGAGCCCCUCGUGGUCACGUGCCUGGAGAGGAGGCACCGGCUUCGGGUCCUGGCGCAGGCAGAGGUCCCCAUAGAACCACACUGGCGUUUCCAACCGGAAAGUCAUUUCAACAUGAAGCUGCACUGCUAA